CCAAGACAAAACACUGUGUACUUGUUCUUGUGGUGGGACCGUGGGGAUCUUUGAAGGAACCCUAAGGACCACGACGUGAGGAAACAAACAUAACCUAAUUGGUGAGAAAGAGAGCAGCUCAGGGGGGGACUGAGAGCGCAUUGGACAGGGAGGGAUGACACUGGCUGAGUGAAAACAAUGGCACAUUCCUGAAGCAUGAGGAGGAUUGGAUAGGACAAGGAGGGAGAGACACGUGCCGCAAGGACAUAGCUUGCUAAGUGGUGCUUACCAAGCACAAUUACUGCUGGACAACGCUGGUACGCUAACUUAAUCUCUUCUGGGUGGGGAGGGAAUAAUAUACUCCCUGUGGUUGUCACAGUCGUCACUUCUACAAUAACAUGGACACCUUCUUCUAGGAGAGCUGGUUGACUCUUUUGUUAACACAAUCCAGGUUGAAAGUGGUUCCUCUGGAUGUUCAAUGCUCACCAGAUUGAGUUCAGUUAAGCAUCGUGGAAGGACUUGUGCCCUGGGAACCAAGGCUGAGGUGAGCGUGAGAGGAGCCGAGCUACUGUACAACUGCCUCCUCGAUACUCGUUAUCUGCAUUCAGCAACAACGUGUGGAGGAACUUUCCUAAACGUUUACAGUGUUUAGUGGUGAAAAGGACCAGUUUAAUCAGUUGAACGUUUACUUUUGCUGGACUCUCCUAUCUCCUGUUAAAUCAUUAUCUUAGGAAUCUAAAGAGGGGAACUUAGCCGCCAAAAAUAAAGAUGGGUUUUUACUUUCCAAAGUUCAACAUCCCCGCAAUACAUUUUGAUAUGGCUCAUGUUCCCAUGGUUGUUCUAUUCAUUGGCAUGUUUGCUCCAUUGCAUGCCUGAGUGAUUGCGAGUUUGUGAUAUGUCAGGUAUGUCACAAUGCUUCUUCUUGUAGGAUGACAUUCUUUCCAUUGGAAUGCUAAUUCUUCUGAUUAGGUCACCUAGUUGAGCUCAAGGACCAUUGUUGAGCAUCGCCAAGGAAUGCCUCUGCCUCCUCAUUUCUCGAGUCGUCAGAGCAAGGAGCCUUAUCUGUUUACCUGAAGAAAGAAAAGGAGGAGGGAAGAGGAGGAGGGAGGGGGAGAAGAAACAGAACAGAAAGUAACAGACAGGAGAGAGUUUCCAAAAAACAGAGAGGUAGAUAGGGGUGGGCCGCUUGGGAAAGAACACACUGGUCUCAGCAGAGACAUUUGAGUCCUCUCAUAAUCCCCCAUCAAACAGUCUGUCCGGAGAGGAGAGAGGGGAAGAAAAGAGGUGAAAAGAGAGAGAGAUUUGGACUGGGAGAAAAUAAGUGUGAAGAGAACAGAGAAGAUGCCGGAGAAUAAGGCGACAGUGUGCAGGACCAGCAGCUACCUGUCCCACCCUGCUUACAGGAAGAUCAAGCGGGUGCUGAGCUUCAGGAGGCGCGUGUUUGGACAGCGGUUGGAGGAGACGGUUCUGUAUGAGCGGCGUUACGGCGUCCAUAUGGCACCUCUGGUGGUGGAGCAGUGUGUGGACUUCAUCCGGGAGCGGGGUCUUCUGGAGGUGGGGCUGUUCCGUCAGCCAGGCCAGGCCACGCUGGUCAAAGAGUUGCAGGACGCCUUCGAUGCUGGGGAGAAGCCCUCCUUUGACAGCAGUACAGACGUGCACACCGUGGCGUCGCUCCUGAAGCUGUAUCUGCGGGAGCUGCCAGAGCCACUGGUGCCCUUCUCCAGAUACCAGGAAUUCCUGGUGUGUGGCAAGAACAUCUCCUCUGAGAGGAAACAGGGUUUGACAGAACUACAGCAUCUUCUUCAUGAACUUCCAGUGGCCAACUUUAACCUGCUAAAUUACAUCUGCCAGUUUUUGAACGAAGUCCAGUCCUAUUCCAGCAGCAACAAGAUGAGCACCCAGAACCUGGCUACUGUUUUCGGGCCUAACAUCCUACGACCCAAAGCUGAAGAUCCAGAGAGUAUCAUUGGAGGGGCAGCCGUGGUGCAGCAGCUCAUGUCUGAGCUGAUCAGGGAGCACCAGUGCCUUUUCUCCAGGGAGUGGGGAAACGUAGACGCCCCCGGUUCCUCACGACCAGAUUCUUACCCCUGUCAUAGAUGGAAAGGAGACCCAUUCGAGGGGGCGCAUACCCAGCCCACUGCCCAGGCUCAGUCGCAUGACUCCAGGCUUGGCAUAACAGCCGAGCGCCUCCUACAACAACAGCUAGCCCACCAUCCUUCCCCUUGCUCCCGCCAGCUCUCCCUGCCUCUGGUUGCUGAGAGGAGAGGGUCAGCCCAAAGCCUGUGUGAAAUCAGUUUAGCCCCACGCCUGUUCAACACAGACCACCAGCAGCCAGCUGAGGGGUUAUUUCCAGUGAUCCCUGCUGUUGGGUCUCUAUACCACAGAUACACUCCGUCCCAGUCAGAGUCCCAGCCCCCUGAGACAGCACACAGCCCCCACCUUCACUCUCACCCUGCCUCCUCACUCACAGCCUCUGCUUCCACUGUGACAAUACAGGCUGACCCAGACCACAGCAGCAUGCUGCCCAGUGGCUGGACAGGCCCAGAGUGUCCCAGCUGGGCUGCAAAGCUGGGGACUACUGGCACCAGUGGAAGCAGUAAGGCUCAGGACAGCACUCUGUCUGUCUAUGACAACUUGGACACACUCCAGAGCAUUGAUGAGGUGGCUGCUGAUGGUGAUGUGGGCAGCACUGCUGGUCCAGUGGAGGUGGAGGCGGGCAUGGCAAGCGUGGCAGACACCAGCAGCUCAUGGUCCUUCUGUGAGAUUCUGCCCCUGGACGAUAGUGGGAGUGGUGUGGUCAGAGCUAGCCUAGGACGGAGGUCCACCAGGUUCCACUCCUUCAGGACUGACCCAGGAGAGGACCUCCAUCCAAACUCCCUAGCCUCCUCCUCUGUCCCUACUGAUGCCCCCCUGAGCACGGGCAGCUCGGAGGUCUUCCUGCCCUCUGACCCCCACGGGCCCCCGGCCUCCCAGGCCAUGUACUGUCUCCUGGCUGGCCUCAGACAAGAGAUGGCCAGGCAGAGGGCUGAGUUCGAGGCCAAGAUCCAGAGGUUUGAGCUGCGUAACGAGGCCCUCCACGGGGAGGUUGUGGGACUGCGGGCCAGCCUGGCACAGCAGCGCCGCUGGUACAGUGUGGCUGAAAUCAAGAUCCGCAACGUGGAGCGUGCCCGGGCCGACGCCGACCGCCGCAACGCCACGCUGCAGAUGGAGAUGGAGCAGUUCUUCGACACCUUCGGAGAGCUGAGAGAUGAGGCCAGUAAGAGCGAGCGCAUCGUACAAAGCUUCUGAUGGCCAGUCAGAUUAGACAAAGAUGACACUAUCAGAGCACUUCAAGAGCAGCAUUGGGAGCAUGCAAUCACCCGUGAUCUGAAUGGAAUAUAGAGUCUGUUGCCAUGAUAAAUCCAUAUUGGAUUUGUCUCAUAAUGAUCCAUUCUUGAGGAUGGUUCUAAGAAAGCUUUGAGAUGGAACCAGCUGGGAUGGACAACUCUGCUUGGAUGUCGUGGACAUAAUGGAGUUCAGCCAGACACAUUGACAACCAGAACAGAAUGAGAUGGAGAUGACGGAGUGUAACACAAGCUAUUGAACUCACUAAAUGUUUCUAUGACUGAAAUGAACCCUAAAUAUACAGAAUUAAAGCUUGGAGAUUGACACUUACUGGAUAUAUAAUGGAAUGGAUUGGCUGACAGCUGGGGGUUGGGAUAACAGACAGCCCAAGACGCAAUCAGUACAUCCAGAGCCACAUAGGAAAAGUACUGAAAGAGAUGUUGAACACAGUGAUCAUCUAGGAAGUAACAGAACAAGCCAAUGGAGCAGGGAUAUUCAAAUCGUACCCUACGAGGUCCGGACUACUGCUGGUUUUAUGGUCGACUUUCAAAUGAAUUGCACCCACCUGGUGUCCCAGGUCAAAAUCAAUUCCUGAAUAGAGGGAAAUAAUGAGAAAAAACCCCCAGUAAAACUGGCUUCGAAGUACAGAUUUGAAUUUGAGGGCCAUAGAAUAUAUACGUGUAAAUGCAGAGAGGAUGACCUAUUCCCAAUCUUUGACAAAAUCCCACAUCCAUUUUGGCACCGUGUGAAAGCUGAUCUUAAAUAUAAUCUGAUUUAGUGCUUCCAAGCAUUUGGGUAAUGUUCUGAGUUUGUCUAAGAAAAUACUCUUUUUUCCCCCCACUGCAAUAAUUAUGAAUGAUGAUAUAAUUUGGGACCCAUCUGAACACUUUUCCCACCUUGUUAUGACAGAACAGGCUGAGUAACACCUUUCAACAGAUGUCUUAUUAAAAAUACAAGACAUCGAAUCAAAUUGUACUUGUCACAUGCUUCGUAAACAACAGGUAUAGACAAACUAUGAAAUGCUCACUGAUGGCUCCUUUUCCAACAAUGUAGAGUUAAAGAUAAAGAUACAUUUUUUUAAAACAGAAACAGUGACACGAGGGACAAAAACACAGUGAAUAGCGAAUAACAAUAACAAAUAAAAGGAACAUGGCUACAUACAGGGAGUACCAGUACUGAGUCGAUUUGCAGGGAGGGGUACGCGGUCAUUUAGGUAGCUAUGCACAUAUAGGUAGGGGUGAAGUGACUAGGCAACAGGAUAGAUAAGACAGUAGAAGCAGCGUAUGUGGUGAGUGUGUGUUUCUACGUGUGGAUGGCGUCAGUAUGCAUGUGCGUGGGUGCUAUGAGUGUUUGUGGCCGUAUUGUGUGUGUGUGUGUGUGUGUGUGUGUGUGUGUGUGUGUGUGUGUGUGUGUGUGUGUGUGUGUGUGUGUUGGGAUGUCAAUGUAAGUAUGUGUAA